GGCCGSAGCGGGGCCGGUUCUCUGCUCCGCCGUGCGGUCCCGGAGCUCGCCCGUGUUCCUGUCCCGUGUCCUACACGCGGCCACCGGGGCGUGGGCCGGGGCUGGCAGCCGGGUUCGGGCGGCGGCCGCUCCACCAUGGUGCGGUGCGGCGCGGCGGUGCUGCGCAAGCAACUUCAUAGACGAUCUGCGGGUGUAUGUGAGAGGAGGAACUGGUGGAAUGGGUUACCCUAAUCUGGGAGGGGAAGGAGGAAGAGGUGGUGAUGUCUGGUUCGUCGCCMGAGAAAGGACUACCUUAAAGAGCAUUAGGGAGAAAUAUCCCCAGAAGCGAUUUGUAGCUGGAACAGGAGCCAACAGCAGUGUUCGAGCUCUAAAAGGUGAAAAAGGAAAAGAUUGUGAAGUUUAUGUGCCUAUGGGAAUUUCAGUUCUCGAUGAUGAUGGCAAGCAGAUUGGAGAGCUUAAUGCAGCAGGAGAGAGAUUCUUAGCAGCUCGUGGAGGUCCUGGAGGCUCUUUGGCUACUAACUUUCUGCCUUGUAAAGGUCAGAGGCGAACUGUUCAUCUUGAUUUGAAACUUAUAGCAGAUGUUGGCUUAGUUGGGUUUCCAAAUGCGGGAAAAUCAUCCUUGUUAAGCAAGAUCUCUCAUGCCAAACCUCAGAUUGCAAAUUAUGCAUUCACAACAAUACAGCCUGAACUAGGAAAGAUCAUGUAUGCGGAUUAUAAGCAGAUUUCAGUAGCUGAUCUCCCAGGAUUGAUUGAAGGAGCUCAUGCAAACAAAGGGAUGGGCCACAAAUUUCUCAAACAUGUAGAAAGAACCAAACAGCUUCUCUUAGUUGUUGAUAUUUCUGGAUUUCAGCUGUCUGUUAAGACUCAGUUCCGAACAGCCUUUGAAACUAUAUUGCUUCUAACAAAGGAACUGGAGCUGUACAAAGAGGAACUUGUAACAAAGCCUGCACUUCUUGCCAUUAAUAAAAUUGAUUUGCCUUGUGCAAAGGAUAACUUGGAUGAACUUAUGACACAACUACAGAAUCCUCAGGACUUCUUACACUUACUAGAGGAAGAAAUUAUUCCAGCAAAUACUCUUGAAUUCAGAGAGAUAAUUCCAAUAUCUACRUACACUGGAGAAGGAAUUGCAGAGCUCAAAACAUGUAUAAGAAAAUCCAUAGAUGAGCAAGCAGAGCAGGUGAAUGAAGAAUAUCGAAAAAAGAAACUCCUACUUUUACAAACUUCCAAAGAAGAGCAAAUGAAUAGAAGCUAGCAUUUCUGGAUGGAUCCAACACAUUUUAGUAUUUUUACUAUGCACAUGGAGCCUUUGUUGUGCAGCCCUUCCAUUUAAUUGUUCCCUUCUCCAUCAUUGCCUGGUUCCCUGCUUCCCUCCAUUUGUUUAGGCACUUGGUAGGGCACAGUGGGGAAACGGGUAAGUUUUCUUUAAAUUUACGUUGGCUACAAAACUCAACAGAGUAAAGACCAAAGUAUGUGCAACUCAAAGCACUGCUUAACAACUGAUGAUCCCUGGAAUAUUUUUUGSCAAGUGAGAGGAAUGGAAGGAAUAUAACUUGCACAAAGGAGCAGGUUCAAUGACUCUACAUCUGCUGUGGGAAUCAGAAGAACCAAGGGAAGUUUCUGAUGGGACUUUUCCAGGGUCUGGGGCUUCUAAGGUGAACCAGUUUUGCUAUUGUGACAAGAUUGGAUUGUAGAGUUUUUGUUGCUUUUAAGGAUUUAAAGGAAAACACAUAUAAAAUAGCUGCAAGAGAGUGACUUGUAGGAGCACAAAAAGCAAGACUGAAUUGUAAUGUUGYAGGGUUUUUUGACACCUGCUAGUGCCUCCUGUAGUUGUCUUAGUUGUAUAAAUCCUGAUUCCAAAUUCCCAUGCUUAAUUUGUGAUUGUCUGCUUUAAUGAAGUUGUUUGGUUUGUUACAUUUUGUUUUGUUACAAGAAAAUGACUGCUUCUCAACAGAGCUAUAUAUUUUUGAGAAUGYUUAGUGUUCUAGAUUUUGUAUUACAAGAAGGCACACUUACAUUUUGCUUAAAAAAAAAUAAAAAGUCCUUUAUUGUCAGAGUGUUUUCUACUUUAAAGCUAUUAAAUUGAUUAUGAAGCAAAAUAAGACUGARUACAUGAAAGGCUUCUUAGUUUGGUCUAAUUUUGUUUUGUAACAUAUGUAUCGUACCCUGCUUUGAAUUUUGUUAAAGCAGUCACUGGGAAGGAAGGUAUGGUUUAUCAUAUCAUUUCUUUUAUCAUUGGUAUUGGUUCUUAUUGUGAUUUUCCUAAAAUUUUACUGUGUUUGGGGCUUAUAUGUUUUCACUAAA